CAAGUGGAAGUAACUGGCCAUGUCAGCAUCCACAGCAGCAGGCACACUCAGCCGCUCCUCCCCACCACCUUCACCACCACCACCAACAACAACAACAACACCACCACCGCGGUCCGAUCGCAGCCCAUCCGCGCCACGGUGCCGUACCAGCUUCUGGGUGGAAACCAGCUGAGCCCAACCCGCUCUACUUCUUCUUCCUCCUCCUCAGUAGCCGGGAGCAGCACAGGACAGACGACGUCCAGUUGCUCCAGUCCCGCCAACCCGAGUUGAAGCGGCUCGGACGGCAGGCUGGUCCGCAGGCAGAGACUGUCACCGCCGGACAGCAGUGGUUCACCCGAACGGCCCACGAUCCGCCGCUUUCUAAAGAAUCCUGGAUGUUGGUGUGACGACUCAGGAGAGAAGAGCAGCAUCCACCAGCAUUCUGCGUCCUGGGGCAGCACCGACCAGCUCAAAGAGAUUGCAAAGCUUCGGCCGCAGCUCCAGCGCGGUAAACAAGUAGGACGCCACAGUAAAGACAAAGACUGGCUGUCCCCUCUCCAGUACGACACCAUCACCUACACCACCCUCACCAGCUCUACCAAACACAACUCCAGAGCCAGCCCUUUUUCCAUGUCGAAGUCGGCUCAGAUGCCGCUGUCCAACAUCACAGUGCCAAAGCCUUCCAUCACGAGGGUGCCCAGCAGCAUGGAGGGCAUUAAUCAUGAGCUGGAGAAGGUCUUCAUCAAAGACAACGGAGAGAAGGAGGAGCUCAAGUCCCUGGAGGUUCCUGACGGGCGGCGAGCACCCUUCCCUCCUCAGCAGCGCAGCAGCAGCACCCGAAGCGUGGACAUCCAGACUCCCUCAGCCCCCGGCCGGUCCAGCAGCUGCUCCAGCCUAUCGCCCUGCCCCUCGCCAGCUUGCCCACCAGGAUCACAUGACGGCAGCCCCUACUCCACAGAGGAUCUACUGGACGAUCGGGACAAAGACAGUGGAAGCAGCUCACCACUGCCCAAAUUUGCCUCCUCACCCAAACCCAACAACAGUUACAUGUUCAAGCGAGAGCCUCCGGAGGGCUGUGAGAAGAUCAAAGCUUUUGAGGAGAUGAGCUCGAGGCAGUCAGCAUCGGCGUCAGUCCCCCUCUUCUCCUGUCCCGACAAAAACAAGGUCAACUUCAUCUCGACAGGUUCUGCAUUCUGCCCUGUCAAACUCCCCGGCUCCCUGCACCUCACCCCGGCCUCAGAGCCGGAAGAGGAUGAAGACGAUGUGGAGGCGGGCCCCGGCUCAGUGCCCCAGGGGGCCACAUCAUUCUACGAUGGCCCUUCUCAGGUCUCCACGAGCACCAGCACAGAAGACCCUGCAGUGGAGCCCGGUUCCCCUUCAGAGACUGCAGACCCCCUAACAGACAGCCCAGCCAUAAGCUAGACCUGAGCAGAGCUGGCCUCUGGCUAUAGGAUCCACGCUAGCAACCACCAACCAACUCCACUAACUGUCCCACCAACACCUCCCUUUGCUCUGCUAGGGGAGUCUACGACUCUCUCAGCUGACCCCCUCCAUACUCUUCUGUCUCUGCAUGACGUAGCACCAAUGUCCCAAUUAACCACCACCACAAGACUUGCCACCUCAAUGUUCUGUCCAGCACAAUGUCUGAGCUGUUGUUGGUAGAGAAGGACUUGAUGGUUCAAGUUUUUAUAUGCAGGCAUCACAGAUGGAGGAAAGGAGCACUCUGGAUGGGGGGGUGGGGGCAUGCAUUAUAAAAUGGUAGUCUGGUUAAUUAUGUGUUGUUCUUUGUUUCAACAGUCACAGUAUAAAUAAGCUCUAAUAUAUAUAUAUAUACACACAUAUAUAUCAGGGUUUUCCCUAGGCAUCUUAGGUGCUGGUUUUUUUAUAUUAUAUAUAUUAUUGAUAUUUAUUAAAAUACAACACAGGUUGUUGUUUUUCACAGGACACUCAGAGAUUCACAAGAAGAAAAGAAAACUGAUGUUUAAUGGUGAAGUGAGCACACUCAGCACCAGACCUGUAAUGGGUGGAUACGAGCAUCGGUUUACUCAUCCUCCCACCACAAUCUGACAGUGCAAUCGUGUUUGACUGCUUACCAAAGGUUUUGUUGGGUUAGAUGUUUUCAAACUGUCCCAUCGGCCAUAAGUCAGCUGACCAAGUUACUGUAGCAAGAAUCAUUCCUCUCAAAUAAUUUGUCUUUGAGCUCAUCUUUCUUCAUGUUUGCAGUAAAGACGUUGAGAGACUGACAUUCUUACAUUGGAGCUGAACACCAACCUUCUCUCUAGAGUAGUAAAGAACUCUCAGGAAACUAUUUUCCUUCGGUUUAGAUGCUUCACGAAAAGUCCCAUAACCGUAGGGAAAACCCUGGAUAUGUAUAUACACAUACAUCUACACAGAUCAGCUGCAAUAUUAAUACCACUUACCACAUUACUGUUGAGACUGAUCAAUGCAUGUAUAUAUACAUACAUAAAUGUAUAUAUGCAUAUGUUUUAUGUGUGUUUGUAUAUAUACAUAUAUAUAUUUGUCUUUUUUAUGUAUUAUAACAAAAUACAUAUGCUUGUUUAAAUGAAAAAUCCUAAAACUGUGUAUAGCUGUGUUAUGUACUGAGCAGGAGAAAAGGCUGUUUAAUGGAUUGGAUUAUGUUUACACUAUCCAGGUCACAUGUUUGAACCCUGUUUAAAAAUGCAAACAGCAAAUAAUUUGGGGAAAGACUAAAGAAAAAAAAAAUGACCACAAAUUGGUUGCACAGUGUCUGCAUCUGGCCUUGCUUCAGGUAUUUCACAAUCAGAGUAUAUACUCAGGUAAUAUGGAAUAUGUGUCCAUACAAAUAUCUGCAGCUUGACAAAGCAGAGCAGAUUCACUGUCAUUUAUUCCCGGCUCCUCUCAUUCUCAGACGAAUCGCUCUUUUCUGUUCCAGAGUCUGAUACUAGACCUGUGACAGGAGCUGCACAGGGUUUAGGCUUACGUUUUUGGACGGGUGGUGGAACACUGAUUGGACCGCACACACUGUGACUGAUGACGUGUGGCUGUGUGUGCACUGAUGAAAGCAUGCUGGACAGAGACUUGGAAAGACAUGAAGUGAAAGUCUGUUAUUUAAGUCUGAUGACAAUGUAGGACUGGCUCUCUUGAGCCUGUUGAUGAGAUGUCGGCAGUACCAUCACAUGAAAAUAUACUCAAACGGAAAAAUAAUGUACAGUUUGGAGAUGGAGUUAUACAAACUUACCCUGAGGUAGACAUGACCUGAUUUGUUAUAUUGGACCUUGCUAAGGAGGUUUAUUGUACAAAUGAGCCUGACUUCAUCAAGACCACACCUCACCUAAAAUAUCAAUAUAUUUAAAAAGGAUAAUAUAUCACCAAUAUUUGGUAAAUUGAUGAUCCCCCUAGGUUGGAAGAAUUGUAAUCAAGAUAUAGAGCACUAUGUUUCCCUUUUGCCAGCAUUUCUUCCAGUAUAAUAAGGAUGAUAAGAAAAACAAUAGAUCAUUGUUUUCAAAGAAUGUAUAGGACGUGUCAUGAGACUGAAUAGUUUUUUCAAUUAAAGAAUCCUACAAUUUUUCCCAAAUCAAGAAAUAGUUCUAGAAUAAAAAAAUGUGACUGCACGAGGCACCAUUCAGGCAGGGUACCGUCAAGACAUUCAAAUUUCAGUAUCAAUACCAUUGUCAAAUAAUCCAAUUGUGAAAAACCAAGCUUUAAAUGCACACAAGCAACUUCAAUAGAAAUCCUGACUGGCAAAUUGCUUAAAGGUUGCAUUUAUGAAUAUUCUUUCCAAUUGGCCAAUAUCUGUGUAAAUUGUAGAAUGGAUAAUUUUUGUGUGACACAGUCACAGAGAACUGUCACCAAUCUGCAGUUCCUGCACUAUUAACCUGCCAACAUUUUUUUAAGGAAAACAACUCAGCACAAAAUGACAAUGACAGACCUUGACGCAGCUAAAAAGACGGGGGUUAAUGGAAACCAAUACAGGUCUUUUAAGAGACUGAAUAUUUCCUUCACUUGUAUUUUCUGGAUGUGUCAAUGGGUACAUGCCACUUAUUAGCUGUGUUUCAAUUCAUGGGAUGCAUCCUUCGCAGGAUGUGGUCCGCCCAGCCCACAGAGACUGCCUUCUUUAUUUGCAGUGUAGACCAGGCAGAACCAAAAUGAGACAGUCUGGUCUACAGAAGUUUCCCGUCAUUGCCAUCACCAGCUUUUCCUAUCCUUAUUGCUGUUGCCUAGUAACAGAGCUGAAGUUACCAUUAGCUAGUGUUUGUGGGCUGCGUUUGAAGGAGCCUUAAAAUGUCUUGUCCAGUUGCGGUGACACAAUCAAUCUUCAAAUGCAACCUCAAGAGAAUGCGUCCCCUAAACUGAGACACAGCUGUAUUUUUUGCCGCCCCCAAGUGACAAAAAAACCCAUAAAUUCAGGUUGAAGAUGACAAUAAGCAACAAUUAAACACGUUAAAUUACUCCCUUUGGCACUUUAGAUGUUUUAAUAAUGAUUCAGUAAGUAAAGUAAUCAGGUUUGAUACCCGGCCCUGGGCAACAGUGGAUGUGGAAACACUGUUUAGUUCAAUCUUAAAAAUUCCGGGUGCGACCACAUCAGAUGAAUGUUAGUACAACCUUUAUCUCCAUUCAGUUGAUAUCCAAACUCACACUGUACUAAUCAUCCACAUACUUGUUAUUCUAUUAAAUGCAUUCCAUGCUAUUUUAGUAUCCAAGACAUUAAUAGACUUAUGAUGCUUCAUUUCUAAAACCUCUCUCAGCCUUUUAUUGUGAUUGCUGUAAGAGACUAGCUGCAGUACUAAGCAAUGUUUGGCUGCAGUCAGUAGCACCAUCAUGUGUGAUGCAUAGAUUAAAGCCUGUCUCUGUUAUUACGUGUGUUGUAGGCCUCCUCACGCUGCCUCCAGGCAGCUGAACCUUCUGAACAUCCCAUGUACUCUGUGCUGAACACCAUCUUUUAGGCUUUUUGGUAAGCAUCGCCAAGUGUAAAUGAUCCACCACUUUGAUUUGCAAGAGUGAAACAUAAUCCACAUUUAUUUGGAUAUCUGGUGUGCUUGUGGAUUCCCUGCAUUAUUGUUCCCUUCAUAUUUUGCAUAUAUGUGGUGUUAUGGCGAAAAACCAUGGUUGGGUUUUUCCUAUAAGCCCAAGAUUCCAAGUUGUCCUUUUGCCACACGGAGAAAGCUGGUGAUGGCAUUGUUUGACGCGCAGUUUGUGUCCAAAAAAGAGUAAGAGUUUGACUGUCCAAGGCCGUCCUUUGGCCGUCAUUUAUUGUAAAUAAAAUAUAACAAAUUAAGGAUGCAUAUAUACAUCAAGUUGCACAGUUCACAAACAGACGGUCAAUAACUGUAUCUGCUUGCCAGCCUUCUCCUCGUCAUGCACUUCCGUGUCCUAUUUAAAGGGUGCACCAAUCAGCCCUUGUCGCCGGUGUGCACUCAGCAAAGGUGGGAAAGAAGGAGAAAUUAGUGAGUCACUCAAAUCAUGAGAAACUUAAAUGCGGCUCCUACAUGUGGCUUUAAAGAGGCUCAAUGCAGUGUUGUGGUUUCUAAAGACUUUUCUGCACCUUACCAAGAGCUAGAGCUUUCCCAAUGUCCCACACAUACUCGACAUUGGUAAACUAGUGUGCAAUAAUAGUUACAAAAUGGUGAUGUACUCCGGGAUGUUGUCCAUUCUUUGACUCGAGGGUCUCAUCUUGCAUUCCUUUGGUUUUGAGCACGGGGCUGGAUCAGCAAGUAGUUCUUUGCUAAACCAUCAACCAAUACAAAACCAGCACUGAGAGUGACCAGAGCACAUCAUUGGCAGGUCAGAGUGUGCAUAGACUUACUACGUGAUACUUCUUGUGUAAUCUGCGUUGUCAAAGUUCAUGCACAAUGGCAAUAAAGAAAUAUUGGUUGUUUUGUCCA